AUGACAAUGCACCAGUUCAACGAGACGUUUCACAGGGCUGCGGCGGAGUAUGCCUCUACUAUAGGCACAUCUAACCCAGACCUGGACCGUUUUCGUGACGCUGGAGGUAAGAUGAUUACAUUCCACGGUCUUAUGGAUGAUCUCUGCCCCUCUAAAGGCACAGAGCAGUAUCAUAAUGAAGUCUGGAAGAGAGGCGAAAAUAUUCAUGACUUCCACAAGUACUAUGAGGUUCCAGGCCUCGGUCACUGCUACGGCGGCCAUGGCGGCCAGCCAAUGGGGAUAUUCGAGACGCUGCUUGCCUGGGUGGAAACAGACAAAAUCCCAGAGAGCUUGGUCAUUGACGUGCCACGACAAACAGUGACAGAGAAGCGUGCAAUAUGCCCGUAA